GAAUGCAAAGAUUACUCUGCCCAAAUUUACAGCUCAGCUCCAAAUCAGGUUCACUCAAGAGUAGGUCCUGCUGAUUUAAUAUGACACUUUCUAAACACCAAGGAUUGCAUUCCAGUAGUUUUUCCUAAAAAGAAAGAGGAGAGUGUGGAACAGGCUGAUUUUAUUAUCAGGUUCUAUACACCUUAAUCAUAGAGUAAACCCAGAGCAGUAAAUGGACUUUGAUUUCAAAUGGGUCUCUAUGACUCUGUUACCCUGAAAACUUUGGCUGAAAGGCAGCCUUAAAAAAUCUCUAACACCUGCAUGACCAGCAGAAAUUUGGGCAUUUACCCUUCACUGCUUCUCCAUGCCAUGGAAAGCUUUACCUGUUGAAUUUGUGUCUAGCUACUUUUUAAAGGCACAGGAUGCAUGCAAAAAAGGCAAUUCUAUUGCAGUUCCCUUUUUGACCCACUUACUUACUGAGAGUAUUGAGUUUACUAAACUGUGUAAAACCUUGCAUCUUGUGAACUCUUGCUCUGUAACACUCCUGAUAACUCCAGGAGAUUAUACAUUGAACUCAGAUAAGAAAACCUGCUCAGAAUCCAGAAUUUGUCAGGUGACUCUCUGGAGUGACAUGGAACAAACUUCCUGUACAAGGUGCAGCAGACUACCUGCUUCGCCAGGCAGAAGCUCAGCGGCAAGGUGAAGGAAGGGGCGAGGCUGGGUGAGUGGCCUUGUGCAGUUUCUGCUACUCUCUUCACCCCUCCCUUUCCAGGCUGUCCAGGCAGAUGAACUCUGAGACUGCCCAUCUGAUGAGAUGCCUGCAGCAGAUCCAUAAGGUAUUCAGCAACGCCAAUGAAACCCUCGCGGGCAUAAGCCACCCAUCCGUCUGCAGCGAGGUGCUGCUGUCUGCACCAGGGACUGCGUAUAUCCUGGGGUUGUCUGAGGUGUACCGGGUCUCCAAGCGCUUGGAAGAAGGGAUGGUGGCUCGGCGACUGGCAAAUGACCUGCUGCAGCAGUGUUUGCGUGAGGUGGACAUGGCUUGGAACAAUCUCUUGUCUUUUCUCAUCUUUGGUCGUUCCACAUUCCAAAUGCUGGGCACUAAUCUUUUGGAGCUGUCCGGUGGCAGUGACCCUCACUCGUCAGCUGGUAAUCUAGCACCUGACCAAGUCUGUGGGGUUUGCCUAACUGAAGUGAAGCGGGAGCCCCAGGUGCAUUCCGGAAACUCCAGGCCCGUUACCUACCAGGGUAGCUUUUACCAUGCCAGCUGUGCCAACUUCUGGCUGAACUGUGUGGAUUCCACCCUGCCAAGAGAGACAGGAUUAUUUUCUUCUCUUCCAAGUUUCUGAAUGUAUUGCAGUCAGCCAUCCAUUUCUUUGGAAGGCAAGAAGACAGAGUUCUCACAACAGGGGAUUUGGGACAAAAAAGGCCACAGAAUCGCCUCUUUAAAGGCUUCACAGGGAGCAAAAAGUCUAUUUGGAGAGACUAAACAAGACUACGUGUAACCAGGCUUGCAUCUUUUUUUUAAAAAGCAAAAUUUUGUUUUUAUGGGAUGGUUUGAAAUUUUACCUAACAACAACGCAUCAUCUUAUGUAUACAGAGCAGUCUUAUCUGUAUUCAGAGGGUUUGGAUCCAGACUGAAUGAGUUGUGCCUUUGCCUGCAUGCACACCAUAAAUUUCAAGCAGCACAUGGUUUUCCCCAAAGAACCCUGGGAACUGUUGUUCACCCCUCAGAGAGCUACAAUUCCCAGCACCCUUAUCAAACUCCAGUUCCCAGGAUUCUUUGGGGGGAGUCAUGUGCUUUAAAUGUGUAAUAAAUGUAUAUCCAGGCUAAAGCAAUGGGACUUCAGGGCUCCAACACAGAAUCUUUUUGCAAGCACACCUUGUGGUGAACUUUUCCUUCAAGAGUCAGCUUUUAGGGUCCGCUAAGGAACGCUUUGUCAAACUGGUACUCACCAGAUGAUUUGGACUACAACUCCCAUCGACCCCAGCCAGUAGAUGCUGAUGGGAGUUGUAGUCCAAAACAUCUGGUGGGCACAAGGUUCGUGAAGGCUGCACGAAGGCUUGGCUCAGAGUGGGAGAGCUGACCCAUGUGGUCACAUCCAUGGCCUGUUAUCUCUGGCUGCAGCCAUUCUUUGCUGAAACACUUGCUGUUUUCCAAAGCCACAAUUUCGGAGCCAGGCACAAACGAGGCACAAACCUAAUUGCCUAUUUUUUCUAAUUUUUGUUGUUUUUAUUUAUAGAAAAAGAAACACCAUCCGCAUACGGAGGAUCCCCUUGUCAACAAAUCCCUCUCCCUUGUAAGGCAACCGUGCUCUGCGCUGCACUGAGUUUGACAAAUUUCAAACUUAGUAAAGAUAGCGUCGAUGUUCAUUUAGCUCCGCUGCGCCCUCUGUGCGUGGAGGGCGCGAGUUCUGUAAUUGUCACAAGGCCAUCAUUACUCUGACUUCAUUUUCAUAGAGGUCAGGGAUCACCCCCAGUGGUGACUCGACCAUCCUGACGCUGGUUUUCCCAAAGAGUUUCUGCUCGUAUUGGAUGAGCUGUUGCCAGAAGCCGUUGUUUGGACGGAUGAUGGGGCGGCAAGACUUGACCCAGGCAUGUGCGUUGGCCAGAGACAUGGAAUGGUACUUCAUCAGGUAGGCUAUGCAAAGGGCAGCUGACCGGCUGACGCCUGCAGCACAGUGCAGCAGCGUCCGGCCUUGGUUUAAUUCCACGGCGUGGACCUUAUCCGCUACGGGGUCGAAGAAGUCGAAAAGGCGAGAUGAGGGGCAGUCUGUUACAGGGACGUGUAUGUAGUAAAUGUCUGGGAAGUAAGUGUUCACCACCUCCACCGAAAUGUUGAUAACUGUGGUGAUCCGGUUGGCGUAGAGGAAGAGUUUGUUAUUGGCAGCCUCGCCAUUGCUAAGGAACAGGCUGUUGGUGAUUCGGGACAGGCCAUAGACAGACGGGUGUCUGAAUAGGAUGGGGAUGGUUCCAAACACUGCAUUCAUUAAGGCGAACUUUAGACAUCAGCUACAAUGGGAGGCAUCAUUCUUGCUCGCUAUGCUUAGGGAAGCAAAGAAGGUUUAGGGCUUAUUCAAUAUGUAUAUCGCUUCCCUCUUAAAAAGUUCUUUUACAAGCAAGUAAAAAAUUACAGCAAUAAAAUGACCUAAAACUAUUAAAAAUUGAUUUUUAAACAAGAUCAUAUCACAGGUGUGGCCAAAAUGCCCAAGACAACAAAAGCGUCUUUGCCUGGUGCCGAAAUGAGACAAGGCUGGGGCCAGGCGGGCCUCCCUGGGGACAGCAUUCCCUAGAGACGAAGGGAAGUUCUUUUGGAGUUAUUUCAUUUUAUUUCAGCUAUUUAUAUACUGCUUAAUCACUGAAGUUUCUAAGUGGUACACAACAAGAAUACAAAAAGCAUACAGUGGCUUUUGGAACGUGGGGGAAAUGGAGGAUCUCACUUCUCCUGUAUUACUAGCAUCGAUGAAGAUUCCUAAACUCAGAAGGCUCUUUCUCAACAUGAAUUUUCUCCAGCUGAUAAUUUUCUAAUGCUUUUGAUUUUGGGCUGAUUUAAUAUUAACAGUUAUGUUGGAAGCUAGAGUGGUUUUUUUUUUUUUUUUAGUAAAGAACUUGCCGUUUCAAAUUUAAAAUGUGAGAAUUUUUAGGGUUGUUGACUUACUGUUUAAUCAAUGAAAAGUCAGUUGAUUAAUCAAUGGGGUGAAAAGGCAAGCUCAGUGGGUGAUAUCCAACAUUCUCAGUGGUUCCCAAACCUUUCCCCCUAUAGACCACUUGAAAAUUGCCAGUGGCCUUUGUGGACCACUUAAUGAUUUUGUCUGCUUCUUUUAGCCAUUUCAGUGCACUGUGCUCGAUGCUGUAUCAUUUUAAAAUGUAUUUUACUGCUUAUUUUCUUCCUUGUAUUGUACUGAAUUCUGUAGAACUUCGACUGUGAUAUCAUAACAUACUAUAUAAGAAGAGAAGAGAAGCUAUGAAAAUACAAUUGAAAAUUAAUCCUCAGAAGCAGCAGCCAGAGAAGGCAUCGAGCCCUUCCAAGGCCGGAGGCGGUUUCCAGGGCAACCGUGC